AUGCAGUUGGAUGAUGAGGAAUUCGAGACUGCCGUCGGCACAUUGCCAGAGCUGCCGGAGGAUGUGUUGAUGAGCAUCUUUGCCACGUUGGAGAUCCCUGACCUUUUAAGAGCAGGUUCUGUUUGCUCGUCGUGGCGUUCAGCCUACACAUGCCUGCGCAACCUGGGGAAGUACAAACAGUCCCAGACGCCGUGCCUGCUCUAUACUUCUCAAUCUGCUGGUGAAAAUGUUGCUUGUUUAUUCAGCCUUGCGGAAAAUAGGACCUACAAGAUAACUCUGCCCGAACCACCCAUCCGUAGUAGGUUGCUAAUGGGUUCCUCCAAUGGCUGGUUGAUUACUGCAGAUGAGAGGUCCGACGUGCACCUUGUCAAUCCCAUCACUGGUGAACAGAUUGCUCUGCCCUCGGUGAUCACCAUUGAGCAUGUGAAGCCCAUCUUUGAUGAUGGCUCGGGCACUAUCGACAAAUAUGAGUUGUCACAUCAUACUGCUCCCAAUAUUCUGCGCAAGUAUGUCAACUUCAAUAAAGCGUUUGUGUUUCCUGAUCCAUCCACAGGAAGCUACAUUGUGGUUCUCAUUCACCGGCCAAAUUUUCAGCUUUCGUUCAUAAGAGCAGGAGAUGACAAGUGGACUUGGUUGCCACACGGCGCAGGCUACUGUGAUUGCGUAUAUAUGGAUGGUCUAUUGUAUGCAUUAAAAUCAUCUGGAGAAAUUCAUGCCUUUGAUCUCACUAGCUCCACUGUCACAAUGAGAGUAGUUAUUGGCAGUACGAGGUUGGGUAUUUGUGAUAUUAUGUACAUUAUUCAGGCUCCAUGGGGCGAUCUGCUGCAAGUUUGGAGGACUGUUGGUAAACCGUACAUGUUUACUUGGCAUGAUGAUGAUCCAGAGGGGGAGGAUGAGGAUGAUGAUGUUAUAGAGGAGUAUGAAGAUGAAGAUGACACUGAGAAAUGGGGCGUACGCACCUUGAGAGUAAAAGUAUAUAAAGUGGACGUGGAAGCAAAAGGGCUAGUGGAAAUAAACAGCUUGCCAAAUCAUGUGUUGUUUCUUGGGCGCAACAAUUCGCUUUGUCUUAGUGCUGAUGGAUACCCAAAAUUGAAGUCAAAUCAUGCCUACUUCACUGAUGAUCUGGAUCAAGUUACUACGCCAGUAAACAAUUAUACUCGUGAUAUAGGAGUUUGGGACUUUAAAAAUAGAAGAAAGAAGGUAAUUGUGUCUCGGAUUUGGUCCAGCUGGCCUUGUCCCACAUGGAUAACACCCAGUCUUAUGAAGCUGAAUCUGGCAUUCAGCAAAUAG